AUGUUGUAUUCAAACCUUCUCAAAGGUCCCUUCAGCAUAGCCCAAGAUCCCACCGUCACCCACGUCGCGAGUAUUCUCGCUACCAUCGCCGUCGCAGACUACAAGAAACAACCGCCCGUGGGCUACUUCUCCUUGCCGGCGGAAAUCAGAGACAUGAUCAUGGAGCUUGUCUUUGUCCAAGGGUCAAUGAUUCUCGACUCCAAAAGUCCGGUCAAGCGCGAGCGCAAGGCUUCUCUGCUGCAGGGGGCGGUCCACCGCGUGAUGAAGACCGUCGACAGACACGGCGGCCAUGAGGACUCGAAGCCGCCACGUGUCCUUCAGCCUCCCGGCUUCCAAUUCCUGGCCACGUGCAGGCAGGCUUGUGCGGAAGGCCACGCGGCUUUCUACUCUUCGAACGUCUUCGACCUGCUGCCGGGUCCGCUCUCGAAUACGCUCCGCGGCUUGAAGGCCCUCCAGCCUCAGCAUCUUGCGAUCAUCAAGAGGGUUGGAUUGACAAUAGGCUCGCUGGACCUGACGCCCGCAAUCCGCGAACGCGUUCACCAGGAACUGCGAGUGCGCUAUGGGGCUGCGUGGACGGAUGGGCCGAGUCUCGCGCGUUCAAUCCGAUGGAGUACUCGGGUAGAAUGGCGACUGAAGUGCCUGUGGAGGGCGAAACUGGACUUCAUUCUAACUCAGUGGGAAGGAUUGACGGUGCUCAAGAUUACGAAUGCGGAAAAGUCGCUCGAGCUCGACGCCGAUGAUGUGGCAAAGACCGUGGAGUUCCUUGAGGGGAUGAACGGAGAUAUCUUCCGGUCGCUGGAGAUCCGGGAGUUGGUCUGGCGGGCGGAGGAGCUCGUUCAGGAGGAGGUUCAGGACAUGAUCGAGACGGAUGGCUGGAAGGCUCUCGAGGCGGAGGUCGAGAAGAUCGCUUCCGGGAUGAGCGAUUGA